ACUAUUCUUGGGGAAACUCAAGAUGAGGAGGAUGAGAUCCUUCCAAGGAAAGAUUAUGAGGUGAGAAAAUCCCUUAGAAGCAGAUGAACAUCAAGAUGUUGGCAUAACUCAUGUGAAUGAAGAGCAAAUGGACACACCCAAAUAAGCAUCAGUGUAGCUCUUGACUAGCUCGGUUGCCAGUCUGUUUCUGCUCUCUUGCCAACUCUUAAUGGAAUUGUCAUGUCAAUGUUUGGCUUGACAAUGACAAUGGAGUAGCCAAGAGCACAAACAGAUCUGGAACCAGGCUAGCUCUUGACCACGUCUGUUGCCUGAGUACCAUUGAAGUCUGUCUCGUUAGAAAAAUAUACUAGAGAAUCUAUACAAUAAACACACUCUGACUCAUCUCCAAAUGGUUCUCUCUAUCUUUUGGCAGAGCCUGGAUUAUGACAGGUGCAUCAAUGAACCAUAUGUUGAGGUUCUGGAGGGAAUGAACAAUAAGGUAUACUAAGAAAUGAACCGUUGCACUGUGGUAUUGUUUAAGUGAUAAAUACAUGUUUUAAGUUAGUUACAAAGUCGUUACUUAGUGAUUAAAAAGCCUUUUUUUUUUUUUUUUGUUUAUAUACUUUUUUUAAAUUUCCACAACCAGCAUGUUACAAUUGUGCUGAGUUUGUCUAUAUUUCCAUUUAUUCUAACAUGGGUUCUCCUAUCACAUAUUAGAAAGCCAAAAAGUAUGAAGCUGUGAGGUGGAUGCUGGUGUUUGCAAUUGGAGUUUCAGUAGGCCUGGUAAGUGCCAUCAUUUUCUAUCUUGCAUGUAGAAUCAGACAUGCUGAUUUUUGGUUAGCUUACAUACCAGUAAGCAAAAAACAAUGACGCUCUGUACAUUCUAUGGAAAUAAUAUAUGACGAAGGUAUGGACGAUGCCAAGUUCUACUGCCAAAUGGCUGCAUUCAUCAGAAAAUGCACAUUAAACUCUUGACACCAUUUUAUUUUCUUUCAGGUGGGCCUUUUCGUGGACUUUUUCGUACGCCUCUUCACUCAGCUCAAAUUCAACUUGGUGGGAAAAUGUAUCUUUUUUUUGAAGAUGGAAUAUUUCACUCCAAAACUCAGAUUGAACACAAUAUCUCAAAUUGAUAAAAAAAAAAAAACACUAUCUCAAAUUGAUUAUGUCUUUCUGAUAUUGAACACUGCAGGACACUUUUUUCUUAUGGUGGUGAUUAUUUAGCAUUCCUAAAGCCUUCAUAAAGCCUUUAUAUGUAUGACAUAAUAGUCAUAAUUCCCUAAUCAACAUAUUAGUUAGUUUAGAGCAGUGAGGUGUUGUGUGGCAGACAGUGCUUUUCCUUAGUCAGUGUGUGCUAGCUGUGGAGGAGUGCAGUGAGAAAGGCUGCCUGGCUCUGUCGCUUUUCGAGCUGCUGGCCUUCAACAUGACCUUCAUCUUCAUCGCCAGUGUGUUGGUCCUCAUUGAGGCAAGGCCGCUCUACACAAAUACCUAACAUGUCCUAACAUUAUGUCCUUUCAUGCUAUUGUUAUGCUAUUACAGUCGACUCCUGAUAAAUGCAGUGACUUGGGACUGUUGUGAUGGCGUGCACUAAACCAAUGCAUGCAGUUAUCAGGAGCAAUUUAAAAGGGACACCGCAAACUAUAUUGCACUUCAAAAGAGCUGGCACUUAUCUGAAGUGCACUUGUCAGUAGUCUGGCUGUACUGCCUGCCCGUACUGACCAUACCCUCAUUUUCAGAAGUAAUGUGCACGCUCAUAAUCCCUCUGACAAUACGCUUUGACAGUUUAUUUUCAAAACUGCUUUACAUUUUAUUUGCUUGUCUGGUGGUAUCAUAUCAGAAUUGUCCCAACUUCUACUGAACGUCCCUGUCCUGUGUCAUUUAGCCUGUAGCUGCAGGCUCGGGAAUCCCCGAGAUCAAGAGCUACCUGAACGGAGUGAAGAUACCCGGAAUAGUCCGGCUACGGACUUUCCUCUGCAAGGCCAUCGGAGUCCUCUUCACCGUAGCCGGAGGUACUACAACAUAGAUGGAACUGGGUCGUAUUCACUAGGCACCGAACGGACUGAAACAGACUACCUGAACUUGUCCAAUAGAAUGGUUAUUUUUCGUUUUCCGUUGCAAAACAUUUUGCUACGGUGUGCACUAAUGAAUACGACCCUGACUUUCCAACAGAUGCAAACAUUAUAGGAUGAAACUAAAAGGAAUCCGGUACCAAAGUGUCUGUUCCGCCUCUGACUAGGUGUUUGAUCCCUCAGGUCUGUUUGUGGGGAAGGAGGGUCCAAUGAUCCACAGCGGAGCCAUUGUGGGAGCCGGCCUACCUCAGUUUCAGAGCAUCACUUUCAAGAAGAUCAACUUUGACUUCCCUUACUUCCGCACUGACAGGUACAGUAGAACGCUCUACUAGUGUAAAGUGCUAAUAGCGCAGUAGUUCAUCAUUAUAAGUUAAAUGUCUGUGCUUAAUCUUCAUUACAGGGACAAGCGGGACUUUGUGUCGGCGGGGGCGGCAGCUGGGGUGGCCGCUGCGUUUGGGGCGCCUAUAGGGGGCACCCUCUUCAGCCUGGAGGAAGGCUCCUCUUUCUGGAACCAGGCACUCACCUGGAAAGUGGUAGGUCGACGGACACGCAUACAUACAGUACCAGUCGAAAGUUUGGACACACCUACUCAUUCAAGGGUUUUUCUUUAUUUUUACUAUUUUCUACAUUGUAGAAUAACAGUGAAGACAUCAAAACUAUGAAAUAACACACAUGUAAUCAUGUAGUAACCAAAAAAAGAUUAGAUUCUUCAAAGUAGCCACCCUUUGCCUUGAUGACAGCUUUGCACACUCUUGGCAUUCUCUCAACCAGCUUCACCUGGAAUGCUUUUCCAACAGUCUUGAAGGAGUUCCCACAUAUGCUGAGUACUUGUUGGCUGCUUUUCCUUCACUCUGCGGUCAAACUCAUCCCAAACCAUCUCAAUUGGGUUGAGGUCAGGUGAUUGUGGAGGCCAGGUCAUCUGAUGCAGCACUCCAUCACUCUCCUUCUUGGUCAAAAGCCCUUACACAGCCUGGAGGUGUGUUGGGUCAUUGUCCUGUCGAAAAACAAAUGAUAGUCCCACUAAGCACAAACCAGAUGGGAUGGCGUAUCGCUGCAGAAUGCUGUGGUAGCCAUGCUGGUUAAGUGUGCCUUGAAUUCUAAAUAAAUCACAUACAGUGUCACCAGCAAAGCACCCCCACACCAUCACACCUCCUCCUUCAUGCUUCACGGUGGGAACCACACGUGGAGAUCAUCCGUUCACCUACUCUGCGUCUCACAAAGACACGGCGGUUGGAACCAAAAAUCUCAAAUUUGGACUCAUCACACCAAAGGACAGAUUUCCACCGGUCUAAUGUCCAUUGCUCGUGUUUCUUGGCCCAAGCAUGUCUCCUCUUCUUAUUGGUGUCCUUUAGUAGUGGUUUCUUUGCAGCAAUUCGACCAUGAAGUCCUGAUUCACGCAGUCUCCUCUGAACAGUUGAUGUUGAGAUGUCUGUUACUUGAACUCUGUGAAGCAUUUAUUUGGGCUGCAAUUUCUGAGACUGGUAACUCUAAUGAACUUAUCCUCUGCAGCAGAGGUAACUCUGGGUCUUCCUUUCCUGUGGCGGUCCUCAUGAGCUUCAGUUUCAUCAUAGCGCUUGAUGGUUUUUGCGACUGCACUUGAAGAAACUUUCAAAGUUCUAUAAAUGUUCCGGCUUGACUGACCUUCAUGUCUUAAAGUAAUGAUGGACUGUUGUUUCUCUUUGCUUAUUUGAGCUGUUCUCGCCAUAAUAUGGACUUGAUCUUUUACCAAAUAGGGCUAUAUUCUGUAUACCCCCCCUACCUUGUCCCAACACAACUAAUUGGCCCAAAACACAUUAAAAAGGAAAGAAAUUCCACAAAUUAACUUUUAACAAGGCACACCUGUUAAUUUAAAUGCACUCCAGGUAUAAUAAAUAUCAGAAACUUUGAACAUCCCACGGAGCACCAUUAAAUCCAUUAUUAAAAUAUGGAAAGAAUAUGGCACCACAACAAACCUGCCAAGAGAGGGCCACCCACCAAAACUCACAGACCAGGCAAGGGGGGCAUUAAUCAGAGAGGCAACAAAGAGACCAAAGAUAACCCUGAAGGAGCUGCAAAGCUCCGCAGCGGAGAUUUAAGUAUCUGGCCAUAGGACCACUUUAAGCCGUACACUCCACAGAGCUGGGCUUUAUGGAAGAGUGGCCAGAAAAAAGCAUUUGCUUAAAGAAUAAAAUAAGCAAACACGUUUGGUGUUCGUCAAAAGGCAUGUGGGAGACUCCCCAAACAUAUGGAAGAAGUUACUCUGGUCAGAUGAGACUAAAAUUGAGCUUUUUGGCCAUCAAGGAAAACGCUAUGUCUGGCGCAAACCCAACACCUCUCAUCACCCCGAGAACACCAUCCCCACAGUGAAGCCUGGUGGUGGCAGCAUCAUGCUGUGGGGCUGUUUUUCAUCGGCAGGGACUGGGAAACUGAUCAGAAUUGAAGAAAUUAUGGAUGGCACUAAAUACAGGGAAAUUCUUGAGUCUUCCAGAGAUUUGAGACUGGGACGGCGUUCACCUUCCAGCAGGACAAUGACCCUAAGCAUACUGCUAAAUUAACACUUGAGUGGUUAAAGGGGAAACAGUUAAAUGUCUUGGAAUGUUCUUGUCAAAGCCCAGACCUCAAUCCAAUUGAGAAUCUGUGGUAUGACUUAAAGAUUGUUGUACACCAGCGGAACCCAUCCAACUUGAAGGAGCUGGAGCAGGUUUCCCUUGAAGAAUGUGCAAAAAUCCCAGUGGCUAGAUGUGCCAAGCUUAUAGAGACAUACACCAAGAGACUUGCAGCUGUAAUUGCUGCAAAAGGUAGCUCUACAAAGUAUUGACUUUGUGGGGGUGAAUACUUAUGCACGCUCAAGUUCUGUUUUUCUGUCUUAUUUCUUGUUUGUUUCACCCCAAAAAAUAUUUAGCAUCUUCAAAGUGGUAGGCAUUUUGUGUAAAUCAAAUGAUACAACCCCCCCCCCCCAAAAAAAAAAAUAUAUUUUAAUUCCAGGUUGUAAGGCAACAAAAUAGGAAAAAGGCCAAGGGGGGUGAUACUUUCGCAAGCCACUGAGAUCAUGUGACAGAUCAUGUGACACUUAGAUUGCACACAUGUGGACUUUAUUUAACUAAUUAUGUGACUUCUGAAGGUAAUUGGUCGUACCAGAUCUUAUUUAGGGGCUUCAUAGCAAAGGGGGUGAAAACAUAUGCACUCAACACUUUUCUGUUAUUUAUUUUUUAGAAUUUUUGAAACAAGUUAUUUUUUUGAUUUCACUAAAACAAUUUUGACUAUUUUGUGUAUGUCCAUUACCUGAAAUCCAAAUAAAAAUCAAUUUAAAUUUCAGGUUGUAAUGCAACAAAAUAGGAAAAUCGCCAAGUGGGAUGAAUACUUUUGCAAGGCACUGUAUGUGUUAUUUCAUUGUUUUUAUGUCUUCACUAUUAUUCUACAAUGUAGAAAAUAGUAAAAAUAAAGAAAAACCCUUGAAUGAGUAGGUGUGUCCAAACUUUUGACUGGUACUGUACAUACAGUACCGUUCAAAAGUAUACAUUAGAAUGUCUAGUUUGAGAAACGGGCGCCUCACAGGUCCUCAAUUGGCAGCUUCAUUAAAUAGUACCUGCAAAACACCAGUCUCAACGUCAACAGUGAAGAGGCGACUCCGGGAUGCUGACCUUCUAGGCAGAGUUGCAAAGAAAAAGCAAUUUCUCAGACUGGCCAAUCAAAAUAAAAGAUUAAGAUGGGCAGUCUGAGAAAUUGCUUUUUCUUUGCAACUCUGCCUAGAAGGUCAGCAUCCCGGAGUCGCCUCUUCACUGUUGACGUUCAGACUGGUGUUUUGCGGGUACUAUUUAAUGAAGCUGCCAGUUGAGGACCUGUGAGGCGCCUGUUUCUCAAACUAGACACGCUAUUGUAUUUGACCUCUUGCUUAGUGGUUGCACCGGGGUCUCCCACUCCUCUUUCUAUUCUGGUUAGAGCCAGUUUGCGCUGUUCUGUGAAGGGAGUAGUACACAGCGUUGUACGAGAUCUUCAGUUUCCUGGCAAUUUCUCGCAUGGAAUAGCCUUCAUUUCUCAGAACAAGAAGAGCCUGUAAUCGAACCCACAAUUGCUGAUGCUGCAGAUACUCAAGUAGUCUCAAGAAGGCCCGUUUUAUUGCUUCUUUAAUCAGCACAACAGUUUUCAGCUGUGCUAACAUAAUUGCAAAAGGGUUUUCUAAUGAUCAAUUAGCCUUUUUAAAAUGAUAAACUUGGAUUAGCAAAAACAAUGUGCCAUUUGAACACAGGACUGAUGGUUGCUGAUAAUGGGCCUCUGUACGCCUAUGUAGAUAUUCCAUUACAAAUCAGCCGUUUCCAGCUACAAUAGCCAUUUACAACAUUAACAAUGUCUACACUGUAUUUCUGAUCAAUAAAGAUGUUAUUUUAAUAGACCAAAAAAUUAAUUUUCUAUCGAAAACAAGGGCAUUUCUAAGUGACCCCAAACUUUUGAACGGUAGUGUAUGUGUACACACACAGGCUAUUCUUCUGUCAGUUUAAGUCAUUGUAAGUCAGUUGCUGCUCUGAGGUACCCCUCUCUUCCUCGGUCUCCCUCCCCUCAGCUCUUCUGCUCCAUGUCGGCUACGUUCACCCUUAACUUCUUUCGCUCUGGGAUCAACUACAACAAAUGGGGUUCGUUCCAGCUACCCGGCCUGCUCAACUUUGGAGAGUUCAAGGUACAAGCACUCAUUCACAUGCACAGACAUUGCUUGUUCAUGUUUUGGAGGUGUGAGUAUAUUAUGUGGGUCAUGUGAAAUCCAUAGAUUAGGGCCUAGUGAAUUUAUUUCCUUAUAUGAACUGUAAAUCUUAGAAAUUGUUGCAUGUUGCGUUUUAUAUAUUUAUAUAUAUACAGUGCAUUCGUAAAGUAUUCAGACCCCUUCACUUUUUCCACAUUUUGUUACGUUACAGCCUUAUUCAAAAAUCAAUCUACACCCAUAAUGACAAAGCAAAAACAGGUUUUUAGAAAUGUCUGCAAAUGUAUAAAAAAAAAAAAACGGAAAUAUCACAUUUACAUAAUUAUUCAGACACUUUACUCAGUACUUUGUUGAAGCACCUUUGGCAGCGAUUACAGCAGGGGUGUCAAACUCAUUUUAGCUCAGGGGCCACAUGGAGGAAAAUCUAUUCCCAAGUGGGCCGGACCGGAAAAAUCAUGGUAUAUAUAUAACUUAAAAACAACAACUUCAGAUUGUUUUCUUUGUUUUAAUACGAUCAACAUACAACAUAAAGCUGGAGCCUGAGGACAGUGUGUCCAAAAUAGUACAAGCACAACAUCACUAUUAAUCAUAAAACACGUCAAGUUUAUUUGAAAAUUCUAAAGAAAAAGAACACACAAACACACAAUGCCUCAGUGAUUAACAGAACUGUUUCACAGAUCACAGAACUAUAUCAGGGUGUCAUUUCUCAGGCAGAAAUGUAGAUACAAAUAAUGAAAUCCUGUUCCCCAAACAAGUGCAAGAACCACAGAGUCAAGAAUAGGUUAAAUAUACAAAUAAAAUAAAAACAAUUAAAAACAAUAGCACAUCAACAUAAAAACAUGUAAACAUAAAUCUGAAAGUGUUGCUCAAACUCCCGUAACAGUCCUGUUAUUUUAUCUUUGAACCGCUUCAUGUCUGCCACAUGUUGGGUCGCGCACACAUUUUUCAGACAGGGGAAGUGAGCUGCAUCACCACCGGCAAGUUGCGUCUCCCACAAUGACAGCUUCAACUUGAAAGAACGUAUGCUGUCAUAAUACUGCGUGACAACUUUGUUGCGCCCUUGCAGCUGUUUGUUCAAGUUAUUCAGGUGCUCUGUAACAUCACAUAACCCUUGUUACAUCAAAAUCUCAAGUGCUUACGAAACCCGCCUAAAGCACAGGUAUGCAGGUUGAAUCAGGUGGCGAAAACUCCUAGAAAAAACCUUAACAUCAUAAAUCAACUGGUGCGAAUGCCAUGGUUUGCCCUUUUCUUCCAUGACUGUUUCAAUUUCUUCUCGGUAAAUCAAAGAAGAAGAAACGCCUCAGACACGCCACUCGGCUUAACCAUCUUACCUCAGUGUGGUAUGGCAACCAGGCCAUAGAUGUGGUCUUUUCUCUCUGAGUAUGGCUGUCAAACUGACGGUGAUUCAGAGGCUCUGGAUCGGAUGAAAACAUUAACAGUUUGGAUGACCCACCCCUUCAUGACGUUAUCCAUCUUAAAAUGCCUUGCCACACAAAGGCCCUCCUGGUGCAAAAUACAUGUGAAAAGUCAAAAAAUCACGUCCUCUCCAUUGCCAGAUUGCACUUUCUCUCUGAACUUUGUCACAACGCCUGCUUUUUUUCCCGAUCAUUGAGGGCGCACCAUCUGUAGCCAGGCUGACAGCGCGGGACCAGUCCACUCCGACCCUGUCCAGCGCGCCGACGAGUGCAGUAAAAAUAUCAGCUGCUGUCGUUGUAUCUGUCAUCGGCACCAACUCCACGAACUCCUCGGUGACGGUCAAUGUGUCAUCAACUCCGCGGAUGAAAAUGGCCAGUUGUGCAACAUCUGUAAUGUCCGUGCUUUCAUCAAUUGCAACCGAAAACGCAAUAAAUGACUUUACUUUUUGCUUCAACUGGCUGUCCAAAUCCACUGAAAGAUCGGAAAUCCUGUCUGCAACUGUGUUUCUUGUCAGGCUGGUAUUUGCAAAAGCCUGCCGCUUUUCAGGGCACACAAUCUCCGCUGCCUUCAUCAUGCAUGUUUUUACAAAUUCACCCUCACUAAAUGGUUUUGAAGCCACUGCGAUUUCAUUAGCAAUGAGGUAGCUAGCUUUCACUGCAGCGUCACUGAUGUCUCGGCUGUGAGUAAACACAGACUGCUGUUUCUUCAGACCCGCCAACAGUUCAUUCACCUUCUCUCAUCUCCGCUGUCCUUGAAAGUUGUCAUAUUUGUCGGCAUGAAGACUCACAUAGUGGCGACGAAGGUUAUAUUCUUUCAGCACUGCAACAUGCUCUGAACACACCAAACAUACAGCUUUCCCAUUCAAUUCCGUGAAUAAAUAGGAUGACCAUUUUUCUUGGAACACUCUGCACUCUGCGUCCACUUUUCUCUUUUUUGACAGAGACAUAUUGGGGCAAUGAGGGUGCCAAAGCACAUAAUGUUAAAAGUAGAAGCCGUAAUAAAUAUCGCGGGCAAAACAAAGUAGCUCAUUGGCUGCACGUGCUUGACCUACUUGCUCUGCCCCGGUAUAAACAGUUUGCUUGCUUAACACAAUUGCUAUUGCGCCAUCCAGUGGACGCAAUUGGAACAGCAGUUUAUUUUAUUGAAAAAUUGCAGCGCAUUUUUAUACUCUACAAAAAGAAAUUUUAUUUAUUUUUAUUUUUAUUUAUUUUUUCAAAAUCAUCUCGCGGGCCGGAUUAAACCCGUUUGCGGGCCUGAUCCGGCCCGCGUGCCGGACGUUUGACACCCCUGGAUUACAGCCUUGAGUCUUCUUUGGUAUGACACUACAAGCUUGGCACCUGUAUUUGGGGAGUUUCUCCCAUUCUUCUCGGCAGAUCCCCUCAAUCUGUCAGGUUGGAUGGGGAGGGUCGCUACACAACUAUUUUCAGGUCUCUCCAGAGAUGUUCGAUUGGGUUCAAGUCCGGGCUCUGGCUAGGCCACUCAAGGACAAUCAGAGACUUGUCCCGAAGCCACUCCAGCAUUGUCUUGGCUGUGUGUUUAGGGUCGUUGUCCUGUUAGAAGGAUAACUUUUCGACCCCCAGUCUGAGGUCCUGAGAGCUCUGAAGCAGGUUUUCAUCAAGGAUCUCUGUGUACUUUGCUCCGUUCAUCUUUCCCUCGAUCCUGAGUAGUCUCCCAGUCCCUGCCACUGAAAAACAUCCCCACAGCAUGAUGCUGCCACCACCAUUCUUCACCGUAGGGAUGGUGCCAGGUUUCCUCCAGACGUGACACUUGGCAUUCAGGCCAAAGAGCUCAAUCAUGGUUUCAUCAGACCAGAGAAUCUUGUUUCUCAUGGUCUGAGAGUCCUUUAGGUGCCUUUUGGCAAACUCCAAGCGGGCUGUCAUCUGCCUUUUACUGAGGAGUGGCUUCCGUCUGGCCACUCUACCAUAAAGGCCUGAUUUGUGGAGUGCUGUAGAGAUGGGUGUCCUCCUGGAAGGUUCUCCCAUCUCCACAGAGGAACUCUGGAGCUCUCUCAGAGUGAUCAUCGGGUUCUUGGUCACCUCCCUGACCAAGGGCCUUCUCCCUCGAUUGCUCAGUUUGGCCGGGCGGCCAGCUCUAGGAAGAGUCUUGGUGGUUCCAAACGUUUUCCAUUUAAGAAUGAUGGAGGCCACUUGGUGACCUUUAAUGCUGAAUAAUUUUUUUGGUACCCUUCCCCAGAUCUGUGCCUGGACACAAUCCUGUCUCGGAACUCUACGGACAAUUCCUUGGACCUCAUGGCUUGGUUUUUGCUCUGACAUGCACUGUCAACUGUGGGACCUUAUAUAGACAGGUGUGUGCCUUUCCAGAUCAUGUCCAAUCAAUUGCAUUUACCACAGGUGGACUACAGUGAAGUUGUAGAAACAUCUCAAGGAUGAUAAAUGGAAACAGGAUGCACCUGAGCUCAAUUUUGAGUCUCAUAGGAAAUGGUCUGAAUAAUUACGUAAAUAAGGUAUUUCUGUUUUUGCAUUGUCAUUAUGGUUAUUGUGUGUAGAUUGAUGAAGAAAAAAUGUAAUUGAAUCCAUUUUAGAAUAAGGCUGUAACCUAACAAGAUGUGGAAUAAGGGAAGGACCCUGAAUACUUUCCGAAAUUCAAUUGAUUGGACAUGAUUUGGAAAGGCACACAUCUGUCUAUAUAAGGUCCCACAGUUGACAGUGCCAGUCAAACGUUUGGACACACCUACUCAUUCCAGGGUUUUUCUUUCUUUCUUUUUUACUAUUUUCUACAUUGUAGAAUAAUAGUGAAGACAUCAAAACUAUGAAAUAACACAUAUGGAAUCAUGUAGUAACCAAAAAAGUGUUAAACAAAUCCAAAUAUCUUUUUAUAUUUGAGAUUCUUCAAAAUAGCCACUGUUUGCCUUGAUGACAGCUUUGCACACUCUUGGCAUUCUCUCAACCAGCUUCACCUGGAAUGCUUUUCCAACAGUUUUGAAGGAGUUCCCACAUAUGCUGAGCACUUGUUGGCUGCUUUUCCUUCACUCUGCGGUCCAACUCAUCCCAAACCAUCUCAAUUGGGUUGAGGUUGGGUGAUUGUGGAGGCCAGGUCAUCUGAUGCAGCACUCAUCACUCUCCUUCUUGGUCAAAUAGCCCUUACACAGCCUGGAGGUUUGUUGGGUCAUUGUCCUGUUGAAAAACAAAUGAUGGUCCCAUUAAGCACAUGUAUGGGUGGUCCCGGGGAUCGAACCCACUACCCUGGCGUUACAAGCGCCAAUUGAGCUACAGAGGCACUCUGUGAAGCAUUUAUUUGGCCUGCAAUUCCUGAGGCUGGUAACUCUAAUGAACUUAUCCUCUGCAGCAGAGGUAACUCUGGGUCUUCCUUUCCUGUGGCGGUCCUCAUGAGAGCCAGUUUCAUCAUAGCGCUUGAUGGUUUUUGCGACUGCACUUGAAGAAACGUUCAAAGUUCUUGACAUUUUACGGAUUGACUGACCUUCAUGUCUUAAAGUAAUGAUGGACUGUUGUUUCUCUUUGCUUAUUUGAGCUGUUCUUGCCAUAAUAUGGACUUGGUCUUUUACCCAAUAGGGCUAUCUUCUGUAUACCACCCCUACCUUGUCACAACACAACUGAUUGAGAGUAUGCCAAGAGUGUGCUUAGCUGUCAUCAAGGCAAAGGGUGGCUACUUUGAAGAGUCUCAAAUAUAAAAUAUAUUUGGAUUUGUUUAACACUGUUUUGGUUACUACAUGAUUCCAUAUGUGUUAUUUCAUAGUUUUGAUGUCUUCACUAUUAUUCUACAAUGUAGAAAAUAGUCAAAAUAAAGAAAAACCCUGGAAUUAAUAGGUGUGUCCAAACUUUUGACUGGUACUGUGUGUAUGUAUAUGUGUAUAUGUAUAUAAUAUAUAUACAGUGGGGAGAACAAGUAUUUGAUACACUGCCGAUUUUGCAGGUUUUCCUACUUACAAAGCAUGUAGAGGUCUGUCAUUUUUAUCAUAGGUACACUUCAACUGUGAGAGACGGAAUCUAAAACAAAAAUCCAGAAAAUCACAUUGUAUGAUUUUUAAAUAAUUAAUUUGCAUUUUAUUGCAUGACAUAAGUAUUUGAUCACCUACCAACCAGUAAGAAUUCCGGCUCUCACAGACCUGUUAGUUUUUCUUUAAGAAGCACUCCUGUUCUCCACUCAUUACCUGUAUUAACUGCACCUGUUUGAACUCGUUACCUGUAUAAAAGACACAUGUCCACACACUCAAUCAAACUGACUCCAACCUCUCCACAAUGGCCAAGACCAAAGAGCUGUGUAAAAUUGUAGACCUGCACAAGGCUGGGAUGGGCUACAGGACAAUAGGCAAGCAGCUUGGUGAGAAGGCAACAACAGUUGGCGCAAUUAUUAGAAAAUGGAAGAAGUUCAAGAUGACGGUCAAUCACCCUCGGUCUGGGGCUCCAUGCAAGAUCUCACCUCGUGGGGCAUCAAUGAUCAUGAGGAAGGUGAGGGAUCAGCCCAGAACUACACGGCAGGACCUGGUCAAUGACCUGAAGAGAGCUUGGGACCACAGUCUCAAAGAAAACCAUUAGUAACACACUACGCCGUCAUGGAUUAAAAUCCUGCAGCGCACGCAAGGUCCCCCUGCUCAAGCCAGCGCAUGUCCAGGCCCGACUGAAGUUUGCCAAUGACCAUCUGGAUGAUCCAGAGGAGGAAUGGGAGAAGGUCAUGUGGUCUGAUGAGACAAAAAUAGAGCUUUUUGGUCUAAACUCCACUCGCCGUGUUUGGAGGAAGAAGAAGGAUGAGUACAACCCCAAGAACACCAUCCCAACCAUGAAGCAUGGAGGUGGAAACAUCAUUCUUUGGGGAUGCUUUUCUGCUAAGGGAACAGGACAACUGCACCGUAUUGAGGGGAGGAUGGAUGGGGCCAUGUAUCGCGAGAUCUUGGCCAACAACCCCCUUCCCUCAGUAAGAGCAUUGAAGAUGGGUCGUGGCUGGGUCUUCCAGCAUGACAACGACCCGAAUCACACAGCCAGGACAACUAAGGAGUGGCUCCGUAAGAAGCAUCUCAAGGUCAUGGAGUGGCCUAGCCAGUCUCCAGACCUGAACCCAAUAGAAAAUCUUUGGAGGGAGCUGAAAGUCUGUAUUGCCCAGCGACAGCCCCGAAACCUGAAAGAUCUGGAGAAGGUCUGUAUGGAGGAGUGGGCCAAAAUCUCUGCUGCAGUGUGUGCAAACCUGGUCAAGACCUACAGGAAACGCAUGAUCUCUGUAAUUGCAAACAAAGGUUUCUGUACCAAAUAUUAAGUUCUGCUUUUCUGAUGUAUCAAAUACUUAUGUCAUGCAAUAAAAUGUAAAUUAAUUACUUAAAAAUCCUACAAUGUGAUUUUCUGGAUUUUUGUUUUAGACCUCUACAUGCUUUGUAAGUAGGAAAACCUGCAAAAUCGGCAGUGUAUCAAAUACUUGUUCUCCCCACUGUGUGUGUAUAUAUAUAUAUAUAUACACACACACACACACACACACAGUGGGGAAAAAAAGUAUUUAGUCAGCCACCAAUUGUGCAAGUUCUCCCACUUAAAAAUAUGAGAGAGGCCUGUAAUUUUCAUCAUAGGUACACGUCAACUAUGACAGACAAAAUGAGAAAAAAAAAUCCUGAAAAUCACAUUGUAGGAUUUUUAAUGAAUUGAUUUGCAAAUUAUGGUGGAAAAUAAGUAUUUGGUCAAUAACAAAAGUUUCUCAAUACUUUGUUAUAUACCCUUUGUUGGCAAUGACACAGGUCAAACGUUUUCUGUAAGUCUUCACAAGGUUUUCACACACUGUUGCUGUUAUUUUGGCCCAUUCCUCCAUGCAGAUCUCCUCUAGAGCAGUGAUGUUUUGGGGCUGUCGCUGGGCAACACGGACUUUCAACUCCCUCCAAAGAUUUUCUAUGGGGUUGAGACUGGAGACUGGCUAGGCCACUCCAGGACCUUGAAAUGCUUCUUACGAAGCCACUCCUUUGUUGCCUGGGCGGUGUGUUUGGGAUCAUUGUCAUGCUGAAAGACCCAGCCACGUUUCAUCUUCAAUGCCCUUGCUGAUGGAAGGAGGUUUUCACUCAAAAUCUCACGAUACAUGGCCCCAUUCAUUCUUUCCUUUACACGGAUCAGUCGUCCUGGUCCCUUUGCAGAAAAACAGCCCCAAAGCAUGAUGUUUCCACCCCCAUGCUUCACAGUAGGUAUGGUGUUCUUUGGAUGCAACUCAGCAUUCUUUGUCCUCCAAACACGACGAGUUGAGUUUUUACCAAAAAGUUAUAUUUUGGUUUCAUCUGACCAUAUGACAUUCUCCCAAUCCUCUUCUGGAUCAUCCAAAUGCACUCUAGCAAACUUCAGACGGGCCUGGACAUGUACUGGCUUAAGCAGGGGGACACGUCUGCCACUGCAGGAUUUGAGUCCCUGGCGGCGUAGUGUGUUACUGAUGGUAGGCUUUGUGACUUUGGUCCCAGCUCUCUGCAGGUCAUUCACUAGGUCCCCCCGUGUGGUUCUGGGAUUUUUGCUCACCGUUCUUGUGAUCAUUUUGACCCCACGGGGUGAGAUCUUGCGUGGAGCCCCAGAUCGAGGGAGAUUAUCAGUGGUCUUGUAUGUCUUCCAUUUCCUAAUAAUUGCUCCCACAGUUGAUUUCUUCAAACCAAGCUGCUUACCUAUUGCAGAUUCAGUCUUCCCAGCCUGGUGCAGGUCUACCAUUUUGUUUCUGGUGUCCUUUGACAGCUCUUUGGUCUUGGCCAUAGUGGAGUUUGGAGUGUGACUGUUUGAGGUUGUGGACAGGUGUCUUUUAUACUGAUAACAAGUUCAAACAGGUGCCAUUAAUACAGGUAACGAGUGGAGGACAGAGGAGCCUCUUAAAGAAGAAGUUACAGGUCUGUGAGAGCCAGAAAUCUUGCUUGUUUGUAGGUGACCAAAUACUUAUUUUCCACCAUAAUUUGCAAAUAAAUUCAUUAAAAAUCCUACAAUGUGAUUAUCCGGAUUUUUUUUCCUCAAUUUGUCUGUCAUAGUUGACGUGUACCUAUGAUGAAAAUUACAGGCCUCUCUCAUCUUUUUUAAGUGGGAGAACUUGCACAAUUGGUGGCUGACUAAAUGCUUUUUUUCCCCACUGUAUACUACCAGUCAAAAGUUUGACACACAUACUCAUUCAAGGGAUGUAGGCCUAGUGGUAAAAAUAAUUGGUGGUCUCAGUGAAAAAAGUAAUUCUCCCUAAACCUUCUUUGUGUUUUCUCCAGAAGGUGCGUAAACUGUCAUGCAAAAAAUAAAAUAUUUGCAUUUACCUUCCACUACAACACUGUCAAAUUGAUUGGAUACGGGAGCUUAAUGUUUAUGACAGUUUGCGAUGGAACGCAUGAAAAAAAAGCAUGUAGCGUACUUUCAGAAUUGCUUGCCAAGCUACUCAUAGGUAGGCUGUGAGCUACUGGUAGCUCAUGAUCUACCUUUUGGAUACCCCUUGUGUAGGUGAAGGGGAGGAAACAGGUUAAAGAAGGAUUUUAAAACCUUGAGACAAUUGAGACAUGGAUUGUGUAUGUGUGCAAUGCAGAGGGUGAAUGGGCAAGACAAAAUAUUGAAGUGCCUUUGAACAGGGUAUGGUAGUGGGUGCCAGGCGCACCGGAGUGUGUCAAGAACUGCAACACUGCUGGGCUUUUCACAUUUAACAGUUUCCUGUGUGUAUCAACAAUGGUCCACCACCCAAAGGACAUCUAGCCAACUUGACACAACUGUGGGAAGCAUUGGAGUCAACAUGGGCCACCAUCCCUGGUGAAUGCUUUCGACACCUUGUAGAGUCCAUUCCCCAAUGAAUUAAGGCUUUUCUGAGGGCAAAAGGGGGUGCAUCUCAAUAUUAGGAAGGUGUUCCUUAUGUUUUAUAUUUAACUGUGAUGUCUUACGAGGGUCUUGAACCUCUGUAUUUGUACCAGUUCUACCAAGAUUGCCCUAAAAAUAAAUACUUUACCUAAGUGUAUAGUCAUUUUUCCCAUUGAUUGAUUGUGCUUUUUCAGUACUGUUUGUAGGUCCAUCUGAACACAGACAUUAUAACUUAACAACCACUACUGGACCUGGCUCCAAAAGCGAACCAGCAAAGGACAGUACCAAAAAAUAUGAUCUAUUGAGAACGGAUUGAUGUGUCAAUUGUUGUUUUGUAUGUCCGUGCAUAAACCCGAUGCCAUGGUAUUGGGACACAAAAAAUCUGUUCCCAACUAUCUUGAAUUUUAUGCGGCAUAGUUGUCAAACCUCUCAACCUUUUUUACGAUUUAUAGUAGUCAUUUUAAGCCAGGCAUGGUUUUUCAUUGGAGGCAGACAAACCAAUUCAUUCCUUUCUCUUUUGAGUAAUUGCCUCUUCCAUUUUUGUGGCAGAGCUAUGAUUUGGGUAUAGUGUUUUGUAUGUGGUUCUGUGUGUACAUAUGAUGAUAUAGUGACUUGAGUUCUACACCUCUGUGUGUCCAUCCCUCUCCCACAGUGUUCAGAUGGGGAGAAGAAGUGCCACCUGUGGACGGUGGUGGACCUGGCCUUCUUUGUCCUGAUGGGGGUGGUGGGAGGGCUGUUGGGGGCCUUCUUCAACUACAUCAACACGAGGCUGGCCAAGUACCGCAUGAGACACGUCCACCCCAAGGCCAAGUUUGUCAGGUAACUGCUGGGAAACACACCGUAACAUACAAAGGCAUGAGCAUGAACACACACCUUUAUGCUUCUAUGUCGUUGUAGUGUUAGUUGCUGCAGCUUUUUGAAAAUGUUUGUUCCAAAUUAUUAAUAUAUGAAACGUGUAUAUAUGUAAUGUAAUGCAGUCUUCUACUUUUUAGCCUAAUUAUCAAAUAAAUUAAAUCAAUCAACCUUCCCAUCUGAGUGGAAAGGCAUUUUUUCUCAAAAAGGUUGUCAUUUGUUUUACAUCUCUUAUUCCUCCUCUACUCCCUCUCUAGGGUCCUGGAGAGUCUGCUGGUCGCCAUGGUAACGACGGUGGUGAUAUUCGUGGCGUCCAUGACAAUGGGCGAAUGUCGUGACUUGGCCUCCCCCACAACCAACAACAACAGUACAGCGCUGGUACGUUUGGUAGAGCUCAACUUCAUAAAAAAAGUGAAGCAUAUAAAAAACAAGUUAAGAACAGCCAUAAAACGAUGUCAUAAUUAUCCUAAAACAAGCACUGAAAGCAUAUUGAAACAUAGCAAGAUCAUAAAACAAUCUAUAAUCAUACAAAAAUAAUCUUUAAAAAGUUUGCCUUGUGUGUUUUCUAUUGUGUCUCUGACAUCUUUCGGCAGACUAGUCGCCUGAGUUGAAUGACUUGAAAUGGCAUUGAUCCCAACCCUGCUAACAAGGGGGGCGAUUCAGGAGGAUGCAACAGUUAAGAAUUUUCAGAAAGUAGUGCGUUGUAUAAAACCAAUAUGAUUGUCUGUCAUGUAGAAUAGAGAAUCCAGUCAGCUCGGUUCAUUACAUUUCUUUAUGCAACGUCACUGAACAUACCCCAGUUUCAACAUUUCACUUAAUUGAACAUACCCCAGUUCCACUGCUCAGUUUGUUGAGCUGUGUAGCAACUUGCUCAGUGUAAAUGAACCAAUUCAUCUGGCAGAACACACUCCCACUCCAGUAUUACACAUUCACUGUGUUAAUAUUUCAUGUUUCAAUGCUUUGGCUGUGAUCUUUGGUAUAGAAAACACCUCUAUUCCAAACCAGUCUCUUCAGGCCUCUAUUCUAGUGUACACUCAAGUAUUUUGCAUUUUUAAUGAGCCCACACUGGACAGACAUCAUUUUACAGUGCUUACAUGUAAGAAUAGAUAGAAACAUACUCACAUUCAAUGGCUUUUAGCCAUAAAGACCGAAGGAUGGAAAUGUGUCUUAAUAACUCACACUUAUGAGCUUAGGGGUAAAUACUAACUUAAAUUGAAGUUAGGAAUCAACUUCUGUCAGACUAGAGUCGUACUUUUUUUUUUUGCACGUCUCCUGCACGUGCAGCUUGAUCUGUAAUGAUAAUGGCCAUGUUAGGUCAUUGUUGUAAUAUGGAUAUGGUGUUUUUUUAGGUGUCACUCAACGAAGACGUCAUCAACUCCACCAUCCGCCAGUUCCUUCUGUCCCAACAAGACGUACAACGACAUGGCCACUCUGUUCUUCAACUCUCAAGAGGUGGCCAUCCACCAACUUUUCCACCAGGACGGUGAGACAGGACCUGACCUAGGAUCAGUUUGACAUUUUAGAUCAGGGUUUCCCAAUAGGCGGCCCGCGGGCCAAAUUCGUCCCACCGCUGAAUGUAAUUGGGGACCCCUGUUUUAGAUCAUAAUGAAUGAGAUUAUGGACAGGCUCCCACCUGAUCUGAAGGGCAAAACUUAUCCAUCUCUUGUACUAAACAGCAUGCAUUUUUCAGAAACUGCGUUUACUUGCGUUUACCCUCCAUUAGGCCUACAGUGCCGGUAGCUUACCCUCUCAGCCGAGGCAAUUUUACACACAUGAACAUGCAGAACAGGUAACCUACAUUCAAUAUAAUAGGCCUACAUGAGUUGAAUCAAAACAUGUUUAUGCCUUAGUUAAUGAGUUGUCCAUAAUUAAUGAGACGAAUGCUUGGAAUCUUCACAUAUAUUGACGUAAAACUCUACCUUUCUUUCCUUACAUUAAUUACAUUUAUGACCGUGUUAUUAUUAUUAUUACCGUGUCAUUAUUAAGCAUUUAACAAUUGAAUUAGAACAUUGAACUUAAACCCUGUGUGAAUCCUGGAUCUUGGAGAUCUCGGAAGGUGCACUGUAAGUUUAACCAUGCCUACGUAACAGUUCAUUAUGUUUCGCCAUCAAAACAUUUCGCAUGGGCACACAAAUCAAAAAUAAUGUAGGCCUAUGACAUUGCAAAAUCGAAUGCUUCUAACCGAAGGUAAACUAUAGGCCUACUGUCAUUAAUAUAUACUUGUUGGAUGGAUUGGAUGUGCAUUGGUGUCUAGCUGUAGGCUAGUUGUCUUGUGAUAUUGUCGACCAUCAGCAGCUGAUCCUGGAAAGAAAGCAAAUAUUGAUAGAAAAUAAUAAAGAUAAAUGGUCUACUUCUUCUUGCCCCGGAUGGCACGGAGAACACCAAUACCUGAAAAACAAAGCAAUGAGCGCUCUAAACAGCUGACUGACAAAAGCAAACAAUAAUACAUCAACGGAUAAAUAGAAUGCAUUGGAAUAAAGGCUAUUUUUAUGAAGGAUUCAUAGCAAACAAAUGGCAAAAAUGAGGAAGUACCAAGGAAAAUCUAGGCGUUUUAAAGGAGCUCAGCUGAGGCUGAAAUUCAGCAAUACUGAGUGGACAGGUCCACUGUCUAGCCAGCUAUAGAAUUCAACAGUACCAGUCGGGGACAGGGAGACAGUUUGUGCAGCCAUGUAGAAAUAAAUGGUUUAAACCAUGACAGAGAAGUGGGGGUGUUCGUUUCAUUUGAAAGCUUUUAUUUUCAUAUUUACCACUGGAUUUUAAACAAAUAGGAGAAUGGUUAAAUUAGCAUUAUUUAGAGACCACCCGAAAGUUGGACUUUUGUUGCAUUUAGGGCAGCUAAUGUCUCAUUCAGGGGAGCUGAGUCCCCCCUGGCUCCCCCGUAAUUCGCACCCUGGCCCCUAGUCUCACUCCCUAUACACAUACACACUGAAAUAUAUAAAUGUGCUUGUGUUUCAGUGUACUGGUGAUGGCUAUACUUUAGUUAAUCAUUAUACUGAACAUAAUUAACACCUCUGUGGCCUGCUAUAUAGUUAUCCUCCUAUGUAAGUUGCCAUAUAUCAGGAGUGAACAACUCAAUCAGGCCCUUGAGCUCUGCAGUCCUGCUUUCUUUUCUCCCUGGCACUUGCUGUUACUGCUGUGGUGGUUUUACGAGGUAGAAAAUCAGCAGGACUGAGGCCCUUGAGGACUCGGCUGGAGUUGUGCAGCCCAUGCUAUAUUGACCAUCCUUGUCAUGUGAUGUGUAUAUUUACUGUGUGUUUCCUGUCUGUCUCUGUAGGUACGUUCAGCCCCGUGACGCUGACAGUGUUCUUUGUGCUGUACUUCCUGUUGUCGUGCUGGACAUACGGCGUGUCGGUGCCCAGUGGCCUCUUUGUGCCCUCGCUGCUCUGUGGCGCCGCUUUUGGACGCCUGGUGGCCAACCUCCUCAAAAUGUAAGGCCAACGUUCUGAUAAUGUUCUAGAAAUGUUUGGGCAAUGUUCUCACAAUAAAAUGUUCUCGUAAUGUAAACCCAACAUUUGGAUAAUCUGUACUCAAAUACGUAAGCCCAACCAUCUCAUAGCAAAAUGUCCAUGAAUGGUAAUGGUUGUAUAUCAGAGUCAUUGUAUAGACACACACAUAUAGCUACAGUUGAAGUCGGAAGUUUACAUACACCUUAGCCAAAUACAUUUAAACUCAGUUUUUUCACAAUUCCUGACAUUUAAUCCUAGUAAAAAUCACUACUUUAUUUUAAGAAUGUGAAAUAAUAGUACAGCUUUUAUUUCUUUCAUCACAUUCCCAGUGGGUCAGAAGUUUACAUACACUCAAUUAGUAUUUGGUAGCAUUGCCUUUAAAUUGUUUAACUUGGGUCAAACGUUUUGGGUAGCCUUCCACAAGCUUCCCAGAAUUUGGGUGAAUUUUGGCCCAUUCCUCCUGACAGAGCUGGUGUUACUGAGUCAGGUUUGUAGGCCUCCUUGCUCGCACACGUGUUUUCAGUUCUGCCCACACAUUUUCUAUAGGAUUGAGGUCAGGGCCUUGUGAUGGCCACUCCAAUACCUUGACUUUGUUGUCCUUAAGCCAUUUUGCCACAACUUUGGAAGUAUGCUUGGGGUCAUUGUCCAUUUGGAAGACCCAUUUGCGACCAAGCUUUAACUUCCUGACUGAUGUCUUGAGAUGUUGCUUCAAUAUAUCCACCACAUUUUCCUUCCUCAUGAUGCCAUUUAUUUUGUGAAGGGCACCAGUCCCUCCUGUAGCAAAUAAAAACCCACAGCAUGAUGCUGCCACCCCGUGCUUCACGGUUGGGAUGGUGUUCUUUGGAUUGCAAGCUCCCCCUUUUUCCUCCAAACAUAACGAUGGUCAUUAUGGCCAAACAGUUCUAUUUUUGUUUCAUCAGACCAUAGGACAUUUCUCCAAAAAGUACUAUCUUUGUCCCCAUGUGCAGUUGCAAACCGUAGCCUGGCUUUUUUAUGGCGGUUUUGGAGCAGUGGCUUCUUCCUUGCUGAGCGGCCUUUCAGGUUAUGUCGAUAUAGGACUCGUUUUACUGUGGAUAUAGAUACUUUUGUACCUGUUUCCUCCAGCAUCUACACAAGGUCCUUUGCUGUUGUUCUGGGAUUGAUUUGCACUUUUCGCACCAAUGUACGUUCAUCUCUAGGAGACAGAACGCGUCUCCUUCCUGAGCGGUAUGACGGCUGCAUUGGUCCCAUGGUGUUUAUACUUGCGUACUAUUGUUUGUACAGAUGAACGUGGUACCUUCAGGCGUUUGGAAAUUGCUCCAAAGGAUGGACCAGACUUGUGGAGGUCUAAAAACAAUUCUGAGGUCUUGGCUGAUUGCUUUUGAUUUUCCCAUGAUGUCAAGCAAAGAGGCACUGAGUUUGAAGGUAGGCCUUGAAAUACAUCCACAGGUACACCUCCAAUUGACUCAAAUGAUGUAAAUUAGCCUAUCAGAAGCUUCUAAAGCCAUGACAUCAUUUUCUGGAAUUUUCCAAUCUGUUUAAAGGCACAGUCAACUUAGUGUAUGUAAACUUCUGACCCACUUGAAUUGUGAUACAGUGAAUUAUAAGUGAAAUAAUGUCUGUAAACAAUUGUUGGAAAAAUUACUUGUGUCAUGCACAAAGUAGAUGUCCUAACCGACUUGCCAAAACUUUAGUUUGUUAACAAGAAAUUUGUGGGGUGGUUGAAAAACGAGUUUUAAUGACUCCAACCUAAGUGUAUGUAAACUUCUGACUUCAACUGUGUAUAUAUAUAUAUGCUCUGGUUUAUAUGAUUUGAAAUGUGUUGGUUUGGAAAUCUCCCACCUACUUUCCAAAGCCCGAGUUUUUUUGAAGUGUAGCUGGGGCUCUUCUCAUGGAGUUUCUAUCUCUUGAAAACUGAAAAAUGCUUACAAAGCUACUUUUUAGCAUUGACGUACUCGGAGAGGGAAUCUGCUAACUGGGCAUGUUCUCUCAGCGCUUCUCUCUCCCGCUCUCUGAGUUUUUUUCUCUCUUCAAACCACUUCUACUUCUUCCUCUGCUUUGUCAGACUCAGGCCUUUUCAGUUCUGCUCAACUGCAAGUAAUGACUGCUGUGUGUCACACUAGGAUGUCUGUGGGAGAGAGUUAUGUUAGCAGGCAGCUUAUUCCGUUUGGACUGUAUGUGCCAGGACAAAACUUUGUAACAUAGUUGAGGGAAGAUCCCACACACUGCAUUUAUUGCUUCAUAUCACAUGUUAACUGUCCUUGAGCAGUCUGUCUCACGUCAGAUAGCACGACUUGAGUGUGGGUGUAAUGCCACCUGUUGGAAGACAAUGCAAGCAGUCUUAUCAAAACAUGAUUAUUAUGCUGAUUUAUAGUUAUUGGUUCAUGGAUUAGUUUUGUGUUUCUAGGAACAAGAAAAUAAUGAAAUUUGAGUUGACACUGCUAGCAGUAAGCCUUAGUCUUCUGCAUGCUUUUAUGCUCACUUCCUGUUUUGUUGCCACAGCAACCUGGGGAUGGACAUCUACUCCGGGACCUUCGCUCUGAUUGGAGCAGCCGCCUUCCUGGGAGGCGUGGUCCGGAUGACCAUCAGCUUGACUGUCAUUCUCAUCGAAUCAACCAAUGAGAUCACCUACGGCUUGCCCAUUAUGAUAACCCUCAUGGUAAAGUACACGUCAUUGAUUUGAACUUACAUUCACAAUUUAGUGCACUUGCGUCAGUGUUGGUGCUUACAGGAUGGUGUGCGUGUGUGUGUGCGCUCAGGUGGCCAAGUGGACGGGGGAUUUCUUCAAUAAGGGCAUCUAUGACAUCCACAUUCAUCUGAGAGGAGUGCCAAUGCUGGAGUGGGAAACAGAGGUGGAGAUGGACAAGUAAGAAAAUAAUACUACAUUUAUGAUAGUAAAGAUCAGUGGUCAUUAAACAGACACUUGUAUCCAAAUGAACUUACAGCUAACACAUUUAUCUUCAGUAUACUCAUACAGUAUGCUGAAUAUACAGUAUGUGGCCCUUUUAGAACUUUAGCCAACCGUGUAAUCUGCUGCUGUGUUCAAUUCCAAUUCAAGUCACUCAAUUCAGGAAGGGAUAACAUAAAAAAAAAAAAAAAUCUAAAUAAACCCUAAAUAGCUUCUUCUUUUCAGUUUCUUGAGAAGACCUUGAAAAUAGAUUACCUUUUUUCAAUUAAUGAAUUUGAAUUUCAGUUUUACUUCCUGAAUUGAAGGACCCUAACCCUGGCACGUAUGUGUCUCUCGUUUGUCCCCCAGACUGACAGCCAGUGACAUCAUGGAGCCCAACCUGACGUACGUGUACCCCCACACGCGCAUCCAGUCCCUGGUGAGCAUCCUGCGCACCACCGUCUACCACGCCUUCCCCGUGGUCACCGAGAACAGGGACAACGAGCACGAGUUCAUGAAGGGCAACAUCCUCAUCAGCAACAACAUUCGCUUCAAGGUAGGAGCCAGGGCCACGUGCAGAUAGAAAUGUCAUGAAUAGAGCCGACAUGAUUUCUUAUUCUAGAUGUUAGAGAGGUAUGUUUGUUCUACAUAACCUAUUUCUAUCUCAACCUUUCACAAUGUUUUGUCCUGGGGUGUAUUCAUUUGUCGCAGACCGUAGCAAAACGUUUGGCCUGUUGCAAAACACAUUGCAAUGGAAACCGUUUACUGAACCAAACGGAAGCAAACAGUGGGGGGACCUACCUGAAUUUGUCCAAAAGAAACUAGCUUUCAUUGCAAAACGUUUUCCGUUGUUCCCAUUGCAAAACGUUUUGCAACAGACCAAACGUAUUCACUAAUGAAAACACCCCUGCUGAAGGUUCCCUAGCCAUAACAUCAGCUGCCACCAGGGGGAGUCAGAACUCUGUUAUACUGUAUAAUGCAUGGGUUGGUGCCAUCUACAGUACCUUAAAGUAUUCAUACAUCUUGACUUAUUCCACAUUUUGCUGUGUUACAGCCUGAAUUCAAAAUGGAUUAAAUCACAAUACCCCAUUAUGACAAAGUUAUAUGUUUUUUUUUAAUGUUUGCAAAUGUAUUGAAAAUGAAAUACAGAAAUUUAAUUUACAUAAGUAUUCACACCCCUGAGUCAAUACUUUGUAGAAGCACCGUUGGCAGCGAUUACAGCUUUGAGUCGUCGUGGGUAUGUCUGUAUCAGCUUUGCACAUCUGGAAUUGGGGAUUGUCUCCCAUUCUUCCUUGCAGAUUUUCUCAAGCUCUGUUAAGUUACAUGGGGAGUGGCAGUGAGCAGCAAUAUUUAAGUCUUUCCACAGAUUUUAAAUGGGAUUCAAGUCUGGGCUUUGUCUGGGCCACUCAUGGACUUUCACAUUCUUGUUUUAAAGCUUUCCAGCGUUGCUUUGGCUAUAUGCUUGGGGUCAUUGUCCUGUUGGAAAGUAAAUCUUUGCCCCAGUCUAAGGUCGUUUGCUCUCUGAAGCAGGUUCUCAUCAGGGAUUUACCUGUAUUUGUCUCCAUUGUUCCCUCUAUCAUUUUACAUUUACAUUUUAGUCAUUUAGCAGACGCUCUUAUCCAGAGCGACUUACAGUUAGUGCAUUCUAUCCUUACCAGUCUCACAGUCCCUGCCACUGAAAAGCAUCCCUAUAGCACGAUGCUGCCACCACCAUGCUUCACGGUAGGGAUGGUGUUAGACGGGUGAUGAGCUGUGCCUGGUUUUCUACAGACAUAAUGCUUUUCAUUCAGGCCAAAUAGUAAACUGUUUGUCUCAUCAGACCACAAAAUAUUUUGUCUUAUGAUCUCAAGAGUCUUUCACGUGCCUUUUUGCAAACUCCAGGUGUGCUGUCAUGUGCCUUUUUCUCAGGAGUGGCUUCUGUCUGGCCACUCUCCCAUAAAGCCCAGAUUGGUGAAGUGCUGUAGAGACUGUUGUCCUUCUGGCAGGUUCUCCCAUCUCAGCCAAGGAACUCUGUAGUUCUGUCAGUGGUGUGGUUAUUUGGUUUCUUGGUCACCUCCCUGACCAAAGUCCUUCUUGCCCGGUUGCUCAGUUUGGUCGGACGGCCAGGUCUAGGCAGGGUCUGGGUAGUUCCAUAUUUUUUCAAUUUCCCAAUGAUGAAGACCAUUACGCUCUUGGAAGCUUUCAACACUCUAGAAAUUGGUUUAUACCCUUCCCCAGAUAUAUGCCUCAUCACAAUUCUAUCUGGGAGAUCUACAGACUGUUCCUUGAACCUAAUGGUAUAGUUUCUGCUCUGACAUGCACUGUCAACUGUGGGACCUUAUAUAGAAAGGUGUGUUUCUUUCUAACUCAUGUCCAAGCAAUAGAAUUGGCCACAGGUGGACUCCAAUCAAGGAUGAUCUAUUGGUUGCGCCUGAGCUAAAUUUGGAGUGGCAUACCAAAGGAGUGUGAAUACUUAUGUAAAUUAGAUAUCUGUAUUUCAUUCUCAAUACAUUUGCAAACAUUUCUAAAAACAUGUUUUUACUUUGUUAUUAUGGGGUAUUGUGUGUAGAUGGGUGAGAAUUUUUUUUAUUUUAUCCAUUUUGAAUUCAGACUGUAACACAACAAAAUGUGGAAUAAGUCAAAGGAUAUGAAUACUUUCUGAAGGCACUGUAUAGGCUUCUCUUUGGCCCUGUUUCCAAUAGUUAGACAAUGUAGGUUAUCCUUCCUUUCCUCCUUGUAGUGUUGUUACUGUAAAGCACUUUGUGACAUGUGACACUGAUUUGACACGAUUGGAUAGACAACAACAAACUUUCUAUUUCUAUGUUAGGGCAGUGAUUACAUCAAGGGAAUGUAGGAAACUGGGAUGCACAGACAGUGAGUUGUUUAUGGUCUCUUACUGUAAGAAUCAUUACAUUAUAUGAACAGGAAGGUGUGUGUAUGGAGCAUGUGUGUACACGGUAGCUUAGUGGUUAGAGCAUUGGGCCAGUAACCAAAAGGUAGCUAGUUUGAAUCCCCGAGCCGACAAGGUGAAAAAUAUGUCUGUGUCCACGAGCAAGGCACUUAACCCUAACUGUUGAUAAAACUGACCCUGGCCAUGACCCCACUGCCCGAGGGUGUAUACAUAAUACACAUUUCCAUUUCACAAACGUGUAUAAUACACACUAUAAGCACCACCAAAUUAUUUUUUAUUAUUUUCUGUGCGCACGUGUGUAACCCUGCCCUCUCCCCCCCUCAGAAAGCGAGCGUGCUGACGCGGGCAGGGGAACAGCGGCGGCGCUGCCAGUCCAUGAAGUCGUACCCGUCCAGCGAGCUGCGCAACGUGUGUGACGACCAAGCGGUGGCCGUGGUGCCCGCCUUGGAGGAGGGCCAGGACAUGCUACAGCAGAUGCUGGAGAGA